AUGAAGAUAAUUACAGUUGAGGCAGAGUCUCAGGGGAGAUCAGACACCUGCCGUCCUCCUCCUCCUCCUCCUCCUCCUCCUGCUGCUGCUGCUGGAGCCCAGUGCUCUGAUGCCCCUGAUGCCCCUCGUGCCCACCUCCCGAUUCUGUUAACCCGAGUGAGUCCCAGAAGAUGGCUGAACCUGCAGGAGUACCAAAGCAAGAAGCUGAUGCAGGACAGCGGUGUGGCCGUUCAGCGGUUCUUUGUGGCUGACACUGCCUCCGAAGCCCUGGAAGCCGCCAAGAGACUCAAAGCGAAGGAGAUUGUGCUGAAAGCUCAGAUUUUAGCGGGAGGAAGAGGGAAAGGAGUGUUCAACAGUGGCCUGAAAGGAGGAGUGCAUUUAACAAAAGAUCCUGCCGUGGUUGGAGAGUUGGCCAGUAAGAUGCUUGGCUACAAUCUGACCACCAAACAGACGCCUAAGGAAGGAGUGGAAGUGAAAACGGUGAUGGUGGCUGAAGCUCUGGACAUUUCAAGGGAAACAUAUUUUGCCAUCCUGAUGGACCGCUCGUGUAAUGGACCCGUGAUGGUGGGCAGCCCUCAGGGUGGCAUGGACAUAGAGGAAGUGGCUGCCGCAACGCCAGAGCUCAUCUUCAAGGAAGUCAUAGAUAUUUUCGAGGGGGUCCGAGACGACCAGGCGCUACGUAUGGCAGCUAAUUUGGGAUUCAAAGGACCACUAGAGAGACAGGCUGCAGAUCAGAUUAAGCGACUCUAUGAUCUGUUCCUCAAAGUAGACGCCACUCAAGUCGAAGUCAAUCCACUUGGAGAAACACCUGAGGGACAAGUUGUGUGCUUUGAUGCUAAAAUCAACUUCGACGACAAUGCAGAAUUCAGACAGAAAGCGGUUUUCUCCAUGGACGACACUGCAGAAAGUGACCCCAUCGAAACCGAAGCGGCAAAAUACGACCUCAAAUACAUCGGAAUGGAUGGAAACAUCGCCUGUUUCGUUAAUGGUGCUGGCCUUGCUAUGGCAACAUGUGACAUCAUUGACUUGCAUGGCGGGAAGCCGGCAAACUUCUUGGACCUGGGCGGAGGUGUAAAGGAGAACCAGGUGUAUGCAGCCUUCAAACUUCUCACUGCCGACCCCAAGGUAGAGGCCAUCUUGGUGAACAUCUUUGGAGGUAUUGUUAACUGUGCCAUCAUUGCUAACGGCAUCACCAAAGCCUGCAGAGAACUGGAGCUCAAGGUUCCCCUGGUGGUCAGACUCGAAGGAACAAACGUCCAUGAGGCGAAGCGUAUCCUGUCUGAGAGCGGUCUGCCCAUCACCUCAGCCACUGACCUCGAUGAUGCCGCCCGCAAAGCUGUCGCCGCCAUUGCCAAGAAAUAAAUGCAAAUAUUCAUAAUGCACAUUCACACAACAGACAUACCAAUAAACAGAAUCACCAACAGAGCUGCAGACAGAAACAAACAGAGCCAUACACACUUCAUUCACUCACACACGGCUGAACAACAGCUACUUAUAUAUACAGUUUUUUUUUUUUUUUUAUGGACAGAACGUUUUCAGGGACAUCUUACGAUUGCUGGGUUGAGAUAUUUUUGUCAUCCAAAUGCAGCCAUUUCUGUAGCUCAAAUAUUUUCAGAACAUUCAUUGCCUUACUGUAUGCCUUUUUAUGCAAAGUUUCAUAUACCGAUUAUAAGUAUGGAUUUUUAUUUUUAAUUAAGCUUUGAAAUGAUUAAUAGUAAUAGCUUAACUGCAUUCCACGUGAGUUCUAAUUCCGUUCUAGUUUUUAUUUGCCUUAAGUAAACCAUAAACCAUUAAAAUGCCGUGUGGUGGAAUUGCCUCAUUUUUGUAUGAUUGAACUGUGAAGUACAUCUUAAAUCUGAUAUUGAUUUCCUGAUCUCCAUAUGAUAUCACCGUCCCUAUUUAACUUAAAGGUUUAUCUUGUUUAUAAGGGUGUGAUAGAAAUUUUUUAUUGGUAUAAAAUGUAAAACUCUACAUGCCUGUAAUUCCCCUGCCUAAUUGGUUAUUGGAUAGUAAAUUAAUUAUUUAUAAAGUUUCUAGAUUACAUAAAGAAAAUAAAUCUGUUAUAUCUGUAUGCAUCAUGGUUUAUAUUUGCAUUAGUUUUUUUUUUUUCUUCCAUAAUGUUGGUGUAGUUUUUAUACUGUGCCUGUCAUGAAGAUGUUUUAAAACCUAAAGGCCCAUAAUACAUGUAAUUAACUUUUUGUAAUCUUGAAUGUAUUUUCAAAGUUAAUGUACAUUAAAAAUGAGUCAAAAUGUUUAGAAUAAAAGAAGAUUUGAAUGAUA